UUUCUCUCGUUCGUACACCCCCUGCUUACUGCUUUCUUUCUUUCCCGGUGUUUCCUUUGCUUCUCAGUUCUUGCUCUGAUUCUCUGUUUCAUUUCGUAUUUUUCUCGUUGCUCGUGGAAGAGUCUCCGCCUCUUAGCUCCUUUCCUCAAAGGUACCUCUGUCUUUGGAGAUCCUUUCCGCCGUUUUUUUCCGUCCUAAGUGGCUAUGUCUCCGUUUGGUUGCUGAGAAAAUUUUGAUAAACGAGAAGCGAGUGGAGAACUUGUAGUAGUUGGAGAUUGAAACGAUGAAGAGUAAGGGGGUUGCUAAUUACUCAAAUGAAGCUUUGAAGCCUGUGGAGGAAAGAAAGGUUGGGAAGCGAAAAGCCAUGACAAAGGCUGACAAGAGUGUCAAACAGAAGAAGCAGAGAAAUGCUAAGAAAGAUCCAAAUAAACCUAAACGACCUGCCAGUGCUUUCUUUGUGUUCCUUGAGGAGUUUAGGAAGGACUUCAAGAAAGAGCACCCUGAUGUUAAAGCUGUGUCAGCUGUUGGGAAAGCUGGAGGACAGAAGUGGAAAUCCAUGUCUGAUGCUGAAAAAGCUCAAUAUGAAGCCAAGGCUGCAAAGAGGAAGUCCGAGUAUGAGAAGCUUAUGAAAGCAGCAUACAACAAGAAGCAGAGCACGACAGAUGAUGGUGAUGUGGAGCCAGACUGGUCAGAAUCUGAAGUGAAUGAUGAAGAGGAUGAAGCUAGUGCAGAAUAUCUUAAUAUGCUUUUAGUUCUGUGUUGUCUUGCCUGGAAUGCUUUGUGUUACCUGCCAUGUGAUUGGGAACCCUCGGGACCAUGUGAUUGGGAACCCUCGGGAAGUGAACUGAAGUGAGGAAGAAGACUCAGUUAGACUUAAUAUAAUAUGUUGGAUGUUGGUGGGCCAUAUGUUUACAUGGGCCGGUAGGUUUAAUUCAGACAGUGUGGGUUAUUAUAAUAUGGGCUUGUCCUUAGUUAGUUCAGUUAAAUUGUUAUUAGCUGUAAUAGUGGGGCCCAUUAUCGUUUCCAAGGGCACCGUUGUCAUUUACUUGCAUUUCGGUUAUGCUUUUUGUUUUGUUGUUAGUACCGAUGGAAUGUUCUUAUCAUGUUUGUUGUGUCUAAUGCUACUUGAUUUACUGAAGUCAAAACUCGAUUGACAGCA